GCGUGCACACGUCGGUGCAGUGUCACGCGCCUGUGCUCCGAAGCACUCUGGGCUUUCAGCGCUUGGGGGACGGCACGAGGAUGGACUAGGUUUUCAUAUACUUCAAAAGAAAGUCAAGGAGCGUGAAGAUGGCCGUGUUUGGAGGCGCGUGUCGGCUGCUGCAGUGUCCCCCUCAGUGUCCAGGUGCGGUAGCCGCGUGGGAGCUUCCGCGAGCGCGCGCAUCAGAUGCCGGUGUAGCGCGACUGCAGCCGCCCUCGACAGUCCGCCCGCGCCGAAGUCGCAGGACAACAGAAAACCCAAGACUGGAAUACUCAUGCUAAACAUGGGCGGCCCAGAGAAGCUCGAGGACGUUCACGGUUUCUUGUUACGGCUUUUCAUGGACACUGACUUGAUGCAACUUCCCGUCCAGAAUAAAUUAGGGCCCUUCAUAGCCAAACGACGCACCCCAAAGAUCCAGGAGCAGUACAGUAAGAUAGGUGGGGGGUCUCCCAUCAGAGCCUGGACCACUUUGCAAGGCCAAGGCAUGGUCACACUGCUGGAUGACAUGUGUCCUGACACGGCUCCACACAAGUUCUACAUUGGCUUCCGUUAUGUGCACCCACUCACUGAAGAGGCCAUUGAGGAGAUGGAGAAGGAUGGAGUGGAGAGGGCAGUAGCUUUUACCCAGUAUCCUCAGUACAGCUGCUCCACAACAGGCAGCAGCCUGAACGCCAUCUACAGAUACUACAACAGCAGAGCUGUCAGACCCAAGAUGCGCUGGAGUGUGAUUGACAGGUGGCCCACACACCCUCUGCUUAUCGAGUGUUUUGCUCAACAUGUGCUUAAUGAGCUGGAGCGAUUUCCUCCUGAGAAGAGAGAUGAUGUGGUCAUCUUGUUUUCUGCUCACUCACUCCCCCUGUCUGUGGUGAACAGGGGAGAUCCAUACCCGCAGGAAGUUGGUGCCACUGUCCAGAGGGUGAUGGAGAGACUGGGCCACUGUAACCCUUACCGUCUGGUGUGGCAGUCCAAGGUGGGCCCAAUGCCCUGGCUCGGACCACAGACUGAUGAGGUCAUUAAGGGUUUGUGUCACAGAGGGAAGAAGAACUUGCUUCUGGUCCCCAUCGCCUUUACCAGUGACCACAUCGAGACCCUGCACGAACUGGACAUCGAGUACUCCAAGAUCCUCGGAGAAGAGUGUGGGGUUGAGAACAUAAGGCGAGCAGAGUCCCUGAAUGGAAAUCCAUUGUUUUUCAAGGCACUGGCCGAUCUGGUUCAGACGCACCUGAAGACUGACGAGACGUGUUCUCGCCAGCUCACCCUGCCGUGUCCUCUGUGUGUUAACCCAACGUGUGCUGAAGCCAAAGCUUUUUUUGCAAACCAGAAACACUGAUCUUUCACCUCUGAUCCCUCUUGUGCACAACCAAGUAAAGCUCAGCUAAUUUACAAAAUAAGACAAAACAGACGAACAGAAGCAUGAAUAGACACCACCCACAUGGCUGUAUUGAAGGAGUCCACACCAUUGGCUGCCUUUGAAAUUCCCUCUUGCCUGCUGUUUCCCUGUUCUGCCACCUACUGGUCUGGGGUUGGAACAACACUUGCACCAGAUGGCCUCUGAACUCUGAAGUGUUAUCUCAGCUCAGAUGCCACCCAAGUGCACUUUGACCUGGUCCCGGGGGAAGAUGUCGUCCACUGAUCAAACUCCAGAAAUGACCUGGAAAAGCAACCGUUGACAUUUAGUGAAGACUGUCAGUGAAGUAAUAGACGGUGGCAUACCCGGUAUCGUCAGCUGCAGAGCGGCUUCUCCUGUUGGCUAAAAGUUUGACUUUUACCUGCCUAGUACAAAUAAAAAUCAGAAGAAGAAUUUUUUAAAUUCCUUUUUCUCUCAGUUUUAGUUAUGGCACCACCUACCAACCCUCGCGCCGUCAGGGGAGCAUAUGCUUCCUCCCAGAUAUGAGAAGCCGAAUACCACAUCGUUAUAGGCUGAUGCCCAAGCUAUGACCCAGGGCAACAAGCGUGAGCACACAGACAUCCGUGAUUGGACAGCCUCACUGUGAUUGACAGGCGACGGAGUAUGCCAGCCCUCCCACCCAGAGACAGUGUUGCUCUCUUGGCUGUCGCGCCAUCACAGUUGAACUCUUGAUGAACACUUGUUGCCAGGGCAACCACUUAAGAGCCUUUAUGUUUAAUUUGAAAUAGGGAAAAAAAAAAGUUUGAUAUCCACUUUUUUUUUUUUUUUUUUAAAGUAACUACAAGCGCAUGCACAUCUGGGAAACGUAGUUAAAUGUGCAUCUCUGCGUUAGUGGUAGAUGUUUUCCUUUCACUCAUGGACUUAAACUCCAAUUCCCAUGGUGCAUUUGGGAAAACUUGGGAAAACUCCAUUUCCCAAGGUGCAGGUGCAGUCCUGUCUAAGGCCCAGUGAUACCCUCUACAUUACACUGCUCUGAAGACCCUUCUACUUGUUCAACACUCCAGGCCUUCCUCAUCGUCUUCCUCCUUCCUCUCCUCUCAACGCUGCUCCACAUUACCAGGACAUCAUGUCCUCAGGGAAGCAGAACUGUGACUCCAGGCGUUCAUCUAUUAGUCUUCAUUUCUUUUGUUUUUGUUUGAUUUUUAGAGCCUGUCUUGACUGACUUGGGGUCUAAUCGCCCCCUGCUGGCCACAGCCUGCCAACACUAAUGUUGUGUCAUGUGCCUGUUCUGUCUGCCGGAAGACGCCGCGGAUAAACUUAGCUUAUUAUGUGCUUUAGUUAUGCUAAGAAAUGCAAUGCAUUAUUCGAAUUUACUAACCCUUUUAGAAUCUGAUGAUUUGACAUGUUAUAGUUUGAAUUGUAUUUUGGGGGUUUGACUGACAUCACAACAAAUCAAAAAUAUGUAGGGUGACAUUUUUAUUUUAUCAAAUUCAAGUCCAAUUAUUGGAUUUCUUUUGAGUUUGAGUAAUUGGUCUUCCACUGUUUGAUAAUAAAGACAUAAAACCCUCUUUAUUUUAGUAACAUCCCAACUGUUUCUCUCUCUCUCUCUCUCUCUCUCUCUCUCGCUCUCUCUCUCGCUCUCGCUCUCGCUCUCUCUCUCGCUCGUUGACUAAGAUGAGAGAAAUUGGGUAUCCUGGACCCAAUGACUCCAUAGAGGUGUGAGAAAGAGUGUGAUGCUCCAGGGGCCAAUGGAAGCCUCCUGGUAAUUGAAAGCAAGACCACUGACUCCUCUGAGUAGCGUGACCUCUAAUUGAGAGGAGCAAUUGAUUUCUCCAAUGUGUGGGAGGGAGGGGAUGUCAGAACAGAGGGAUGGUGCAAGAAGGACAGAGUGUAGGAAAAUGGAAAAAGAUGUUUUCUCAAGAGUUAGAGAAGACUGGACUCGUCGAGACAGAUGUCUGGAGAGCAGGGUGGUGUUCUUAUGCAGACGCAGUCUGAUCAGGAACCUUGUGCUGGGAUUGCCCUGUUUAACCCCUACAUGGAGAUUCACACUUUCACACCAGCCUGAUUAACCUUUGUUUGUCCGUUAUAUGAUGAUAUGUGAAUAUUCUACCAGUUAAGUCUGAGCUUCCCUGGAUAUGUGGUCCCGGCUCUGUCGCUGAAGUAUGCAUGUGCGUGUGCUCCAUUGUAAGACUUUUACAUGAACUACUGUAAGUCCAGUGAACUUUUUAUUUACUUACAAUAAUAAAACUUAACAUUAUUAUUGAGCUUA